AUCGGAGACGUGAAGCAUUUCACAACAUCCGAUGGACGAAGAGGACAGAGGCUGGAAGUGAAGCUCUUUGACGACUCCGUCUCCUCUUUUCCUCUCAUUUGCUGGGACAUGGAGGCCAUUCAGCUGAUGCAGAACCUUCUCCCCAGAGAGACGGUGCUCUUCAUCGCUGACGCAAAGAUGAGCUUUGACAGCUUUCGCAGCAGCAUGGUGGCGACGGUUAACUCCAAGACCAUUAUUACCGUCAACCCCGACACAAGAGAGGCCAGUUUUUUGUUCAGCUAUGCUAAAAAACUAUCAGAGUCUGGAGUUUUAGACCAAGAGGAGGCAUCAGAAGAUCCGACCGUGGAGUCCAUCACUGAUGUGUACACUGUGAACCAGCUGAAGGAGAGGGCCAAAGAGCAGUCAGAGCCUCUUUAUGGCAUCACCUACAGCUUCAUCUCCAAGUUCGACCUCGACUCGUCCGUCUCAAAGGUCAUCAAGACCCGCUGUUCUAAAUGUAAGUUCCUGGUGACGGAGGAUAUGAAGAGCUGCACCAACCAGCUCUGUCCUGGGAGGGAGCAGCCUCUCUCCACCACCACCGGCUUCGACUUAUUGGUGGACUUCACAGACCACACCGGCACUCUGCAGGCCUGCAGCCUCAGAGGACUGGUGGCAGAGCAGACCCUCGGCUGCACGACUGAUGAGUUCAUCACUUUGACCGAUGAUCAGCGAACGUCACUGAAGUGGAAAUUUCUAUUGGGACGGUGCAAAAUAUACAUAAAGAUCCUCCCGUCUCCAAGGAUGAAGAGUGGACUCAGGGGGAUGAUCCUGGCGUGUACGCUGGCGGAUCCAGGAGAGGUGAAGCAGCAUAUGACCAAGCUGCUUCAGGAACUUUAAUCAGCAAAUGUUUCUG